GCACCAUGUGAGUGUCUGAACAUCUGAGCAGGAGACCAGAGCCUUAUUUACAGCUAUGAGAUCAGCUCAGAGAAGUGAGGCUUCCCUCAUCACACUCCAUUAGACAUGUUUGUGACCGUGAUACUCGGAGAGAAAAGAGCUGAGCUCCUCAACCUCAACUGUCGGAUUGUAAAUUUCAUCCACUGUUUAAAAGAAAAGUGCAAACUGGAUCCACAAGUGCAAGUGGACUUGCUGGACCGGACAGGUGAGCUGAUGCACUUGAUGGAGGUGGAGCAGAGCAUGGACCUGACCAACACUUUACUGAAAGGCCGACAGAGCUACUUCGUAGUGAGCGUGUCACGCUCUGAGGACAGUGAGGAGCUUCAGUAUUCUGCAGUGCAUGAUGGGGAUUUAAGGAAAAGCCAUCCGGAGCUAGAAGUGAUGUUGAGGAAGCUGUCAAAUCUUUCCAAAAAGCGAGACAAAAGGUCUGCUCUAAAGAAAGGAUCUGUCACUCACAUCAAAACUAAAGCCACUUCCACCUCCACAAAGAGCGCUACUCCGACACCCGGGAGCUGAAAGAAAAGAAAGGCUUGAGACCGAGAUAUUACAGCUUCAAGACGUCACAGUGGCCCGGGGUACGCUGCCUGUCUCACGCCGUCUGUCUGCUACAUGCCAAAAACAUUCUGCAACAGCAGCCUAGGAGGAAAAUAUUUAUGACCUUUUUCAUUUUUCCCCUCUCUGUUUUUGUUCUUCAAACGUAUUUCUCUGCACUUUCUAUUUGUCUGCUGUGUAUUGGUGACAUCGGUGGUCUGUUCUAUUUUUAGCCCAAGCUUGGUGGCAUGACUUCCUGUGAUUCCAUUGACAUGGAAUGCUUGGCUUGGGUCAGUUCUUUGUAAGCAGCCAUACAUACGUUUCAUAUUGGUCAUAUUUAUUUGGAUUAUCUGCAUUUACAUUAUUUCUGAUGGGAAAAUCCGUUUCACAAUACAAUACAUUUCGCCUUAAGAACUCGCCUCCAGAACCAAUUCACUUCCUAUGCCGAGGUUCCACUGUAUACUUUUAUACUUUUGCUCCCACUCUGCUCACACAUCCAGUGCUUUCCUCUGAUCAGCGCGACUCUAACUGACUCAGGCACACGAGUCAUGUUUCACAUCAUGUAUGAACCCACAGCAUUUUACAGCUUCAUAUAAAAUACACAAUGCAAAAGUGACUGUACGAUUCUGUGUU